ACUCAGGGCAGACCUCAUUCUCUGCUGUCACUCGCAGGACUUCUCAUCAUUAAUAUUGUUUGUAUCAGAAAACUGAGGACAUGUGAAAAGACAGUCUCUACCCUGAAGAGCUCGCAGUCUAGCUAGAGGACAUACAAACACAGUGAGGCAAAAGGUAAUGGAAAAUAGUCUGAACUAGCAGCAAGAUUUGCACAGAAGUCUACAAAGAGAGAAGAGCUCCAUGUGCGUGAACUGAAGUUAUUUCAGGGAAAACCUCUAUCCCUUUCAUUGCAUGAGUUAUAUGCUACCCACUGACACUGAAGUAAAGCUGGAAAGGAAUCCAAAAGUGAAGAAAACAAGAAGUUUGGAAUUGGAUUUGGGGGAUCUGGGCUUGGAAAUGCCUCAGCCCAGUGUGAGCGGAAUGGACCCUCCUUUUGGGGAUGCCUUUCAAUGCCACACAUUUUCAGAACAGACGCUGACGAGCACAGAUCUCUUGGCAAAUAGUUCAGAUCCAGACUUCAUGUAUGAACUAGACAGAGAAAUGGACUAUCAGCAGACCUCCAGAGACAACUUCCUUUCUAUGGAGGACUGCAAAGAUAUUGAAAAUCUAGAGUCUUUUACAGACGUCCUGGAUAGUGAAGCUGCUUUCACCUCAAACUGGGAGCAGUGGGACACAUACUGUGAAGACUUAACUAAGUACACCAAACUAACCAGCUGUGACAUCUGGGGAACAAAGGAAGUGGAUUAUCUGGGCCUUGAUGAUUUCUCAAGCCCAUACCAAGAUGAAGAGGUGAUAAGUAAAACUCCAACUCUGGCCCAGCUCAACAGUGAGGACUCUCAACCUGUGUCAGAUUCACUUUAUUACUCAGAUUCACUCUUCAGUGUAAAACAAAACCCUUUAACUUCUCUGUUACCUGGGAAAAAAAUCACAAGUAGAGCGGCAGCCCCUGUGUGUUCCUCAAAGAACAUUCAGGCUGAGGCACCUUUGUCAGACUAUGUUCAAAAGGCAAGCAAGCCCACUUCAAGCACACAAAUCAUGAAGACCAAUAUGUACAAUAAUGAGAAGGUGAACAGUCAUGUUGAAUGUAAAGACUAUGUUAAAAAGGCAAAAGUAAAGAUCAGUCCAUUACCACAAAGCAGACCAGUGUUGAGCCAGGCACAUGCAGAUGCGGCAAAGGAGAACACCUGCUAUUGUGGAGCUGUAGCAAAGAGACAAGAGAGGAAAGGGAUAGAUUCCCUUCAGAGUCAUAAUACGCCUAUUUUGCCUUUUAAAGAGACUCAGGAGCUGCUCCUCAGCCCACCCCAGGAACCUCCAGGGCUAGUUGUGGGGGAGAGCAGCCUUUCUGCCAGCACAUCUGUCUCAGAUCCUUCACAGAAGAAAGAAGAGCACAAUUAUUCUCUCUUUGUCACAGACGGUUUGGGUGAGCAGCCAACCAAAGGAGACCCUGAAGAAGAAGAAGAGGAGGAGGAGGAGGAAGAUAUUGAAGAUGAGGACCAUGAUGAGGGGUUUGGCAGUGAGCAUGAACUGUCUGAAAAUGAUGAUGAGGAAGAAGAUUAUGAGGAAGACAAAGAUGAUGACAUCAGUGAUACUUUCUCUGAACCAGGUUACGAAAAUGAUUCGGUGGAAGACUUAAAAGAAAGUGCUGCAGUAUCUUGCCGAAAAAGAGGCAAACGAAGAUACUUUUGGGAGUAUAGUGAGCAACUGACACCAUCGCAACAAGAAAGAAUGCUGAGGCCGUCGGAGUGGAGUCGAGAUACGUUACCAAGUAACAUGUAUCAGAAGAAUGGGCUCCAUCAUGGAAAAUACGCAGUAAAGAAGUCACGGAGGACUGAUGUGGAAGACCUGACUCCUAACCCCAAAAAACUUCUCCAGAUUGGCAAUGAACUAAGGAAACUGAAUAAGGUGAUUAGUGACCUGACACCAGUCAGUGAACUUCCCUUAACUGCCAGACCGAGGUCAAGAAAAGAAAAGAACAAACUAGCUUCCAGGGCUUGCAGACUAAAGAAGAAAGCCCAGUAUGAAGCCAACAAAGUGAAGCUAUGGGGUCUCAACACAGAAUAUGAUAAUUUGUUGUUUGUGAUCAACUCUAUCAAACAAGAAAUUGUUAAUCGAGUGCAGAGUCCUAAAGAUGACAGAGGAACCAACAUGGAACAGAAGCUUGAUGUACUUAUUAAAGAUACUCUUGGACUACCUGUAGCUGGUCAAACAUCAGAAUUUGUGAACCAAGUUUUAGAGAAAACUGCAGAAGGAGACCCCACUGGUGGCCUUGUAGGGCUGCGAAUACCAACGUCAAAAGUUUAACAGACAUCAUUUCACCUAAUCUCAUUGGUCAGAGCUCUACCUGUGUUAAGUACUCCACUGUAAAUUUCAUUCUGGUCUGCAUGUCAGUUUAGCAUUAUGUAAACACUUAAAAUUAGGUUCCAUAGUUUUUUAAUAACAAUGUAACAAGAUAAGUAAACGCACGAUAUAAAAUGCUUAAUUAGCAUUUUUGGAGCAUAAACCAUAUAGUAUUAAAGCUGCUUCAGGCACAAAUACAGAGAUCAUAUAAUUUGCUUUAGAAGCAAAAACACAUUUUGUGCUAGUAAAAAUUUUAGCAAAAUGCUGAACAUUGUGGCAGGUUUAUGCUCUGAGUAAAAUUAAAAAUUAAGAGGAAGCAUUCUUUGUAAACUGUCAAAGUUUAGUGGGUUUUUUUUAGAAUUACUGCUUUUUUUCUUCUAAAAAAUAAAACCAAUAAGCUUUCUUUGCACCCAUUAACUUGUACAUAGUGCACACAGCAUUAGAGCUAGUGUGCCAUAUAAGACUUUAAUUUUCUGAGCUUAAUAUUGUAUUUAAAUGUCUGUGAAAGUAAGAGGAGAAAAAAAAGUAUAUUCUUUGUGCCUUGUAUUUUGGGGGAGAGCUAUAAAUAUAAGCUAGUAAAGUUUUUGUACGAUGAAAACCCUGAGGAAAAAACAAGAUGUAUAGAUGGUAAGAUUAUGGGGUUUCAUGUAUUUGUUCCAGCUCUUACAAAUUUUUGAAUGUAUAUAAGAAUAUGUUGAAAAUGUAGAUAUAUGCCACAGAGUCUAUGUAUUGUAUAAAAGAUGGCUCUAGAAAAUUCAAUUUCGGUACUUGGCCGGAAGAAAACAAAUACUUGCACAUUAAUGCGAUUGUUUAUUUUUGUACCAAAGACAAAUGCAACUGAUAUGGCAAACUGCCAGUCUAAGUAAAGUUUUGCACAGCUUACAUGAUACUGUACUGAAUGUAAAAAAACAAAAACAAAAAAGAAAAAAAAAAAUUAAAGGUCAGGGUUAGGGAUCUUACUGAACUGUGAAUUUUUUUUUUUUGUUUGGGUCCAAUUAUCUACAGAAGGAGCAUUCAUACAUAAUAUUAUUUUGCUGUUCUUCUAGUUCGCUUCCAUAGUAGAUAAGUUGAUGACCAUCUCGAAGUCUUUCAAUCUUUUUUUUUCUCUGCAUUUGCUGUAGGAAAUUUUUAAUAUAUGUGGAUUUUAGAAAGCUAUUGGAAAAAUAGUUUUCAACUUUGAGAAUUUAAAAAAAAUUAUUUAGCUUGUUGUAGGAUACUUCCACCAAACAACCAAAAUAAAAUUAUUUUUAUUGUAAUAUGUAUAUAUGUAAAGAGGAAAAAGAGCUACAAAUAAUCUAAUUCCUUAGUUGCCACUUUUCCAGUUGAUGUAUUAUUAUGCAUGUGAUGUUUCAAAGGAUCAGCACAGGCUUAAAACAAAAACAAAAUUUAUAGUUUUCUUUUAUAUUUUUGUACAGAAAUUUCAAAACUAGCUUCUUUAAACUUAUAUGUGACUUAUUCUUAAUUCAGUAGUUUCUAUGAUUGGGAAAUACUAACACUCGUUAGUUCUUAUUUGCUCUUCUGCUCAUAAGAGUUUGCUUUGUUAGUCAGUGUUUAGAGUAUAAAUGAAAAGCUUUAUCUCUUGACGAGAAAGUCCUUUAUGUCAAGGCAAGAUCAUUCUCUGGUUUCAUGGACCCCUUUUUUCUCCCCUUUCCUUUUUAUUUAAAGAUAAUGACAAAACACUGUCUACUGAGAAUAGAAAUACCAAAUACUUUAAAAUGUAGCUGCUGAAACAAUGAAAAGAAAAAAAAAAGUCCAUGAAGGUUUUCUUUCCACUCCCUUUGGGGAAAUCUCUCUCCUUCAUGUAGCUUAUCUAAGUUUGUACUGUGACUCCUUUUAUGUAUAGGUAGGAUUAUUUUUAUACCUAAACUUUUAGUGUAAGAAGGUCUGAAUCAAAAGUAGUAAACUAAAGAGUGGAAGAUGAAAAUGGCAGUCCUGCUACAUGCUUGUAGUGUGUCCACAACUUAUUCUAUAUCUUGAUAUUUUGAAAAAUUUAAAAAGGUGGAGGAAGCCAAAAUACCACUACUGAACUGUAUCACAAGUUUUUCUUUCAAGACUUGUGAAAAAGUACCCAAUACUAUCUAGUCAAAACUUAGAAAAUUUUCUUAAAGGAUUUGCAAAACUUGAGCAAGGGACUGUCUUGUUUGUUUGGGGUGGGGGGGAGUUUGUGUGUGUGGUUUUUUUGUUUUUGUUUUUUGUUUUUUAACGUGGUGGGAGGAGAAGCACAGGUUUAUAGCUUCAGAACAGAACAUAAUGGGUCAGCUGCAUCCCUGUUGUAAUUCUACCAAUACCAAGAGUUAUACCAGAGAUGCAUUUGGCCAUUGAAAUCUUGACAAAGAAUGUCAAUGUCAUGUAAAUUUAAAGUCAUGGCUAUACUGAGAUUUGAAAUAAUGUUAGUCCUUUCUGGUGUUUAAACAUUUGUGAUGCUGGAAAGGUGCAAACGCUGUAUCAGAACUGUAUAGACAAGGCAGUAUUUCAAAAUACAAUGACAGCAGUUUUGCAAUCAGGUAGGAUUUACAUGACAAAUUAAACUGACGAUAAGGUAGAAAAAUGCCCUUUUCUAGCUGCUCAGGAGUACUGAGCUAAUAUUGCUUUAUAGCUUUUUAUUUUGUCUGAAAACCAGAAUAUGAUUUUGGUCUAGCAUUUCAAAAAAGACUUUGAAUCUCUUUAGUGGAUUCCGUACCCUUGCAUUUCAGUGUUUUCUAUGUAUUAUUUUAAGUUAAAUAGUUAAAAGCUUUUAAAUAGUUGAGCUUUUUAAUGUUGACACUUUAUUUUGUACCUAUUUAUAUAAGUAUGUAUAUCUUAGAAAAGCACUUUGUUUAAAAAGAAGAAGAAAAAAAAUGCGUUUUUAUAUGAUUCCUGCCAUUUGCUGCUAACUCUGGGCUGGUCAGAAUGCUGCAGCGAUACUUGAUCUAAAUAAAACCUGGCAGUAAAAUGUAGAGUAAAGUUAAGACCUUUGCUGGUUUAACUUUAUCAUAAAGAUGACAUAGGCAAGCUGUGCAGCUUUACAUUUUAACCAGGGGACUCUGUGGCAUUUAAACCGUCUAGAAAUGGUUGUACUUUAAUGCCAGUAACAAUCUGCUUCCUCUAGUGUCAUUAAAAUAUAUAUGUUUAGUGUAUUCUUAUCACAAACAAAUCUUAUAAGGGUAAAAAUACAAAUGUACAUGUUCUGUUUUUUGGAAAUUGUGGCAUGCAUUUUUGGAUGAUCUUUAGAGAAUAGUUCUCUAAAGGCUUUCAGCAUUCAUACAUGGUAUGUGGAUCUUAAUGAAGUCCUUGAAUAUUUUUGAGUGUAGGCAUAGUGAAUAUUCACUUUAAUUCUGUCAUCCAAAACCAAUUAUACAUUUUGAUUUAAUAACUAAAAGUUCUUCCUUUUUUCUGAUACACUGGAUUCUCUAGAAUUUGUUUCCAUAUUAAAGCAUGCUGUCAAACUGCUCUUGUUAAGAUCUUGUCAGCCUGAAUUUGGGUGCCACACUUUUUGAAUCAGUAUGAUGGACUGCGUGUUCUACUGUACCAUGUAUGAUUCUUGUCCGUUCCUAUUUCCUUCAUGCCAGAUUAUGAUGUGGCUUUAUAUUGUGCCUUACUUGUACAUUUAGAACUAAAUGUUUUUAUUUUUCAUUCCCCUGAACCUAUUAAAUCCUUUGACCCUUCUGAAAGCAAAAUCAGAACUAUGAUAAAAGCAUCAUGAAGGAACUUCAAAUGAAUCUGAUUUCAAAUUCUAUUAAUAGUCACUUUGUAUUUGUAUGGAAGAGCAAUUUUGAAUGGCCUUGGGAGAUGGGGGUGCUAGGGCUAAACAAAUAAAAUAAAAAAUAUUUUCCACUACA